AUGGACAUGCCAGAAGAAAUUAAAUCAUAUAAGGGUAUUUAAACAAUUAAAGAUGGUUAGUCAUUUUUGUUGGAAAUACAGCAGUUGGAAAAACCCAUUUAUUCAAUAGGUAGUGGUUGUAUUUAAAUAACAAAAGAAUUGUUUGGAGAAGACUGCCAAAGGUAAUCCAACCAAGUAUUGGUGUUGAGUAUGCUUAAAAAAAUUACUAAUUAUCAAAUAAUUAGACAGUAAAUCUACUUUAUUGGGAUACAAGUGGAUAGAAAAGGUACAGAUAGAUUGUAUCAUAGUAUGAAAAUGUUGAUAUUUAUAUUAGUCAUCAAAAAGAAGCAAAAGGAGUUUAUUUAGUUUAUGAUAUCACAAAAAGGUCAACUUUUGAUGAAUUAGAAAAUUGGUUGAAUGAUAUAAAAUCCUAGGCAGACAAGGAUGCUGUUAUGAUAUUAAUUGGUAAUAAAUUAGAUAAGGUGGCUGACAAUAAUUAACCAAGAGAAGUUUCAUUAGAAGAAGCAUAAAUAUUUGCUGAAAUACAUAAACUAAUAUUUAUGGAAGUUAGUACAUACUCGAAUGAAGAUAUUGAAAAAUGUUAAACAAGGAUGGUGGAAGGUAAUACUUGCAUUAUAAUCUAGAAAUUUGUAAUGGCAAAUUAAAAGAUUCACAAUGA